AUGGCCGAAAUGAAACAGCAGCCAGCAGUACAACUGGUAUCUCCCGUAGCACAGGCGACCGAAAUCGCCAAGUCAGAAGUAAAACGUAAGAAGGAAGAAGAGGGUGAAACUCGUAAGAAGGGCAGUGGAAACACGAAAAAACGAAUCAGUUAUCUCUACAAAGCCUACAUAGACACGAUUUUAAAGUCAAACCGAGACAUACAGAAAAAUCUGUUAACAAGUCAACUUUAUUAUAAAGAUACCGGAAACGUUGGCACCAAUGACGGUAAAACAGGAAAUAAUAACGGGUUGUUUUUCAGAUGUGCGCUAUUUAAAGGUAGUAAAAUUGUGGAAAUGGAAGGACCAUUACAUAUUGAUUUGUUUCAACAACCCAGAUUACUCAUCAAUGGAGUCGCUGUAGGCAUUAAACUACAUCUUAACCGUGACGCCUUCACAUUAAUCGCUGACAACCCUUCUCCUGACUAUCGCGUGAAAAUAGCGGACGCUUAUUUCAAAUUCUGUAUUCAGCGGAUGAAAAGUGACGUCUUAGUAGCGCACGACAAUCUCAUUCAAGACAUGUCAGCCAUUUACCCUUACUUACGUACAGAGAUCAAGACGACGUCCAUUGCUUCGGGUCAAUUUAGUUACAGCGCAGACGAUAUAUUUCAAGGACUUGUACCAUGUAAAUUGAAAGUAUGCCUCGUUCCUAGUGUGGCAUUUAAUGGCGAUUAUGCACACAACCCAUUCAACUUCAAGCAUUAUAACUGUACUUCCAUCGGCCUAUACGUCGAUGGACAAUCCGUGCCUUCACAGCCGAUGCAACCAAAUUAUUCGGCGGAUCAAUACAUGGAGUGUUAUAGAACAUUGACUCUGUUUAGGAACGACAUUAACAUUUCAGACCAAGAUUAUAAGAAGGGAUUUUGUCUGCACGCUAUUGAUGUAGAUCCUUACUACUCAUUUAGCACUAAAAAGAAGGGACAUUGUCGACUAGAAAUCAUAUUUGCUGAGGCAUUACCAGAGAGUGUGACACUGAUUAUGUACGCCACGUUCCCAGAAGUACUCCAUAUCAACAGUGCCAGGGGAGUCUAUUUCAAAUGA